AUGAACGCCUGUUUGCUCUCUCUGCUGUGCCUCCUGGGUGCCUUGGCUGUCCUGGCAGAGGGGGUCACUGUGCAGGAUGGGGACCUCUCCUUUCCUCUGGAGUCAGUCAAACAGCUUAAGGACCUCCAAGAGGAACUAAAGCCCCCGCUGGUGAGUCACAGGAGGGUUGCCGCCAGGCUUGCUCAGCCUGUGAUACCAUCGCUGUGCAGCCACUCUGCCUUUCCAGAAGCUCUGAAGCCCCUCUGCCAGAAACCCAACGCGGAGGAGAUCCUGCGGAGGCUGAAGGCCAUUGCUCAGGACCCAAACACAUGUGAGAUCUGUGCCUACGCUGCCUGCACCGGAUGCUAGGAUGACUUGUCUGCUCGGCCAGCGAGGAAGCCCCUGCUACCUUCUAGAAGCAAGGGCCUGACAAACUCCCAGCCCCAGCAUCUCAACCUACCCUGCCCACGCAGGGAGGAGGCUGAGGAGACAAUUACCUGGGGAGUCCUACCUGGGGGCUGUGCUAACCCUAGCCCAAUAAACCAGACU